UGCUGCCUUCAACCGACAAACUGGGCAGAGUCUCCUCUGUGAGACUUUUAACACGUUACACGUUCAAUGAGAGCUUCUGAAUUAAUCUCCGUGUCGAAGAGGACUUUCAUAUCUAGAGUUUAAUAGUUUUACUAAUGUAAUGGCGUCAAAGACCGACCAACUUCUCAUCGUUGUGUCCAUCCUCCAAGGGCGCCACUUCCCCAAGGCCCCCGGCCUCAGCCUGGUGGUGCAGCUGAGCUUCGAUGGCGAGCAGCUGGCCACGGACCCCGUGGAGCACCUGGACCAGCCAGUCUUCAGCACCGAGCUGGCCUGGGAGCUGGACCGCCGGACCCUGCACCAGCACAGACUGCAGAGGACGCCCAUCAAGCUUCAGUGCUUCGCCGUCGACUCCGUGAGCAAGAGGAGCGACAGCGUCGGCUACAUCGUCCUGGACCUGAGGUCUGUGCAGGAGGUGCAGCAGGAGCCCCGCUGGUUCCCUCUGCUCAGCAGUAAGUACACCAAGCAGCGUCCGGCGCUCCUCCUCAGCAUGUCGCUGGAGAACGACGCCAAACUCCACCAGCCGUCUCCUGAUAGGUUCAGAGCCAAGAAGGCCCCGCCCCGCCACGGCCCUCCUGCGGUCUCAGACCUGCUGCCGGACCGACUGCAGGCCUCUCUGGUCCCUGACCAGGGCUACCACCAGGUGGGCCCAGCAGAGCUCUGCUGCGACAUGUUCUUACUCUCCGUCACCGUGGCCUUCGCCACCAAGCUGGAGCAGUUGGUCCCCAGCACCGUGAAGCUGUCGGGGGAGGAGCCAGGCUUCUUCUUCUACUACUCAUUGCUAGGCAACGACAUCACCAGCGAGCCCUUCGCCAGCCUGCUGCGCCCCGACUUCGAGCCGGAGCGCGCCUCGGUGCGCAUCCGCAGCAGCAAGAAGGUCCUUCAGAGCUUCCUGUCGCAGCAGCCCAGUCUACAGAUCCACCUAUGCCGUGGGAAUCACUCCCUCGGCAGCACCGACGUCACCCUGUCGGCCCUCGGCGGCGCGGCGGUGGAUCUGGACAACAUGGUGGCGACGGUGGAGGGGGCGUUCGUUCUGCGACCGUCGAAACGAUCCAAGAUGGCGGCGCUGCACGCUGACCUGCAGCCGACGGUGGGGGUGGCGGUCACCCUGAGGAGGGAGGACGUCACGGCGCAGUCUUUAGGGACGAAAGAAGUUCCCUCUGACGCUCCUCAAAGACCUCCUGCUCCUCCUUCGGUUCCUCCUCCUGCUCCUCCUUCGGUUCCUCCUCCUGCUCCUCCUUCUAUUCCUCCUCCUGCUCCUCCUUCCUCUCACACGGAGAGCGAAGCGGAGAGUUUGCUGGAGGAGCUUCAUCGUGGCAAAGAGCCUCCGGCGGCGCUGUUGCCAGGAGAUCUGGAGCUUCCUGUUCAGCAGCAGCAGACUGGAGGCGGAGCUUCAUCCGUCAGCGUCUCUGCUCCCAAAGUGUCCAUCCCGUCCUCCGCCCACCACUACUGCUUCUCCCUGGACCUCCGCAGCCUGAGAAACCUCAGCCAGACGCACGCCAUCGCUGCCACUCUCAGGUACUCGUACCAGUUCUUCGGCAGCACGGCCCCCAUCAUGACCGGCCCCCCUGUGGAGCUGCAGAGGAGCUCCGAGGCCUCGCUGCCUCAGUCCUACUGCGCCUUCGACUUCGCUGCCCUGCCCCAACAGCUGGAGGAGACUUUCCUGAGAGUCCCUCUGGUGGUGGAGGUGUGGCACAGGGACUCCUCCAGUGGGGACCAUCUGAUUGGCCGAGCCUCCGUCCAGCUGUCUCGGUUGCUGAGCUCCGAGAGGACCGGCCUGGCCUCCUCGACGGGGGAGCCUCGCUGGAGGCGAAGCCACCGGGACCGGAUCCCCGUGGUGCCGACGCAGCGGCCCAGUGAGCCGGUGGCGGAGCUGAGCUACGUGGCCACGCUGGAGGACCUCGGCCUGGUGAGAGCCAGAGACGUCGUGGUGGUCGACGAGUCCUCACAGAGUGUCCCCGCGGCCCCCGCCCUUCAGCCGCCCCCCCAUCCUGCAGCACCCGGCCCCAUCGUGGCCCCCCCGCUGGGCCUGGAGGACCCGGCCCCCUCCAGGGACACCCAGGAGUACCGCACGGCCCUGGAGCUAGAGCUGUGGAAGGAGGAGCAGGAGGACCUGUUCGACGACCAGCUGAGGAGGAAGGAGCUGAGCCACAUGAAGGCUCUGGCGGAGGAGUGGAGGAGGAGAGACCGAGAGAGAGAAGCUGUGGUCAAGAAGAAGGAGGUGGAGUACAACCAGCUGGAGGAGCAGCUGCAGAAGACCCUGAGCGACCUGGAGGCUCGAGAGAAACACCUGGCUGCAGCCGAGCUGGAGACUCAGAGGCUGCAGAAGGACCUGCGGGCCGAACACAGCUUGACCCAGAGGGAGCUGCAGGAGAGCAGCAGGAGGCUGCGGCAGGACUGCGACCACCGGGUGGCGCUAGAGGGCGACAAAGCCCGGCUGAUGGAGGAGGAGAGAGCCCGUCUGCUGCAGCAGAUUACAGACGGAGAGUCUCGGUACCGACAGCUGGAGAAAGAGUUCCAUCUCUACAGGGAACAGCAGUCCGUGAGGCCGGAGGUCAGACUGCAGUCGGAGGUCAACCUGCUCUCUCUGGAGAAGGUGGAGCUGGAGAGGAAGCUGGAGUCCACCACCAAGUCCAAGCUGCACUACAAGCAGCAGUGGGGGCGGGCCUUAAAGGAGCUGGCCAGGUUCAAACAGGUGCGUCUGAACUGACCUCAGAUCUGUUCUAAACUUCUUCUGAGGGAACAUCCGGCGGUCCAUUCAUAAACUUUAAGAGAACUCUUAGUUACCGUGUAACGGCAGUUUUAAUUCAUAUUUAUUCCAGGUAUUAUUAUCCUGAUUAAUCCAUUUAUUGUUCUUUAAAGUAUAGAAAAGGUUAAU